CUGAGGCUGGAAGAGGAAGUUCUGUGCCCGGGCUCACAAAAGUAAAUGCCUGAGCCGGUCAUCCCCUUCCUCCAGGCGCGGUCCCAUCUCUGGCCAGCCCCAGGCCUCCCCUCUGAGUCCCAUUUCAGGGAGAGGCUCUAAAGAACCAAACCAGGGAAACAGCCCCUCUGGUUUGGAACCAAUCCGCCUGGAGCUCACAGGGGUGCACUUGUGCUCCACCUCUUCAUUGGCCCCAGGAGCCCGGACCGGGUCUGACAUAGGCAUGCGUAGUUCCAUUCCUUUGCUAGCGUUGCCAGGGCAGCAAUUGUCUCCCGCCUUUAAAAGGUUUCCACUGCUGGGCCAUCACGGCUUAAGUGUCUGGCCGCCGGAGGGAUGCGUCUCUUCGGGACACGAACAGAGCCGGAGACCUGUGGCCCUACUUCCCCGCAAAGGGACGUGGGAAUUAAUGGGGCAACAGCCAAAGACAGAUACAGGAUACGAAAAAAAUUCCUCGGGAAGCUACAUAGAGCCGCCUUAUCCGGAGACUGUAGAAAAAUACAAUGGCUCUUGUUAGCCAAAGGAAAAGACAUUAAUAAAGUGGACGAUCUCAACAGGACAGCUCUGCACCUGGCCUGUGCCGCUGGGUAUCCAGAUGUUGUGUCUUUCUUAGUAGAGAGACACUGCAAACUGGACAUUUGUGACAGCAACCACCGCACUCCUCUAAUGAAGGCUGUACAGUGCCAGCAGGAGGAGUGUGUGAGCAUCCUGCUCCUCCAUGGGGCAGACCCCAAUAUGGUGGAUGAGAGCAGCAGCUCGGCCCUCCAUUAUGCCGCAGCUGGAGAGAAUCUAAGAAUAGUAGAGAGGCUGCUAGAAAGCAAAGCCAAUAUGGAGGCAAGGGAUAAGCUUGGCCUCACACCACUUCUCUUGGCCGUUAAGAACCAUCAUGAAGCCAUGGUCGAUUUAUUUUUAAAGAAUGGAGCAAAUGUCAAUGCCAAAGAUAAUUCUAAAAGAACAGCUCUCAUGAUGGCCAUUAGUAAUAAAUUUAAUCCAACAAGCCUAGUCCAACUUAUUCUUCAAUAUGAUGUUGACCUCUCUUGCGAAGAUGAUUUCGGAUGGACAAUUAGAGACUAUGUUCGUAUCAGUAGUGUUAGAGGUCAUCAAGAAUUAGUUCUUCAGUAUAUGAAGAAUAAAGCUAAUGAACUCUUCCCUGAAGUCAAAACCAGUAGUCCAGAACGGGCUUCUGAUAUUGGAUUUACUUUGGGCAGACCUGCCUUGGACAAAAAUGAUGAAAAAAGGAGCAUUGUCAAAAGAGAAUUUAGAGAGUCUCUUGGCCACAACCAAUCAGAUAAUGAAAAAGAUGUCACAGAUUCCCUUCCUGUCCAUCCCUUACCUGGAACCUUUUCAAUGCCUGUCCAGAAGAUAUCUGCUCCUCUGGACAUUAAUAAGGAAGAAUUAAUGGACACAGAAGAGGAACCAAAGAAUGAUGGCAUGUUAAUGGUCAAUAAUGCCACUAGAGAACAAAGACAUGGUGAAACUCCAAAUUCUCCGAGUGAACUUGGAGCUCACAGCAUGUCACAGAAGUGUGCUGUUAGAAAAGAUCUGAUGUCAGCAUUCACAGGGGGAGAGGAAGAAGAUGCAGAAUCACCCUGGGAUUCAGAGGUAUUUCCUAUUAUUCUGAACUGUCAAUAUGGAGUGUGAUUGUAAAAAUUGUAUUUCCUAUUUACUCCAUUACUCAAGUAUUGCCAAUAGUUGUGGUGCCUCAGAAGUGCAGGUUUCAGAGCUGAAAAGGACGUGAAUACUCUCUAGUCUAACUGCUUGUUAACACCUGAGGAAGCUGACCGCCACAGAAGCCUAGGUCUCACAACUCAUUAGGGAUGGAGGCAAGAAGAGAUUCAUGAGUCCCCAGCUUUCAGGCCAUGCCCUUUCCACUCCCUCCCUCUAUGCCUCACCACCUUCCCAAGACCAGUCACUGCUGCACUCCUUCAUUCGUUAGUCACCCAGUCAUUCAGUGAGCAAAUGCCAUUGGGCCGUGUGCUGUGGCAGGAAUUCACUGAUAUUCAAUCAGGUACCUGCCUCCCUCCAACAUGAGUGCCUCUAAGGGAUGAGGCCAGACAGAGGAACAUCAAAGACGAUUUCAUGCUCCCCUACAAUCAAAUGACUGCACAACUUGUAUGCAGAAGAGGAGGUGACCAAAGGGAAAUGUGGCGGCAGUGAUGGUGAAUCCAGAAAGAUGUCCUCAGAGAGGAGGCGAUAACUAGGGCUUCAUGAAAGGGUGAAGCUCUGAUGGACAGAAGGAAGUAAAGAUGCAAGUGAGGAUUUUACAGAGCGGGGGGUGGCAGAAGGCCUCUCAUAGGGAAUACGAAUUGCUCUGAAGUGAUCGCUUUAGGAUUUUGGACAAGAUUUGUGUAAAGGAGCCUCCUCAUGCAGGAUAAUAAUAUUUUGAUCAUUUGUAAUUGUAGGAAACCUGUUUGUGAUCAUGAUAAAUGAACUGGAGCAGGGGUAUGUUAAAGGCCAAUAGAUGUCGAUUUAAUAAGCUUGAAUAAGCUGAAGGGGAUGAAAUAAACUAGAGUGAUUGUGGAAAGAGAAAAGGUUAAAUAAUAGCUUGUUCAUUUUAUUUCAUUUUGAGACAAAGAUCAUUAUUAGAAAUGUUACUUUCUUAAUUCCAAAUUCAUUCCAAAUUUAAACGAAGGAAGCAUUUCUAUGUCUGAAGAAAAAUAAGACAUUAACACAAAUGAAAUCACAAAUCUCUAUUUUAACUUACUUUUCUAUAUAUCUACAAAAUAAAAAUCCUCAUCCUCCCUCCUUUCAACACAUAGGAUAAUGUCAGGGAGACCAACAUAUUCAUAUAGAUGAAGUCUUUCAUGUUUUAUCUUUCUAUUCUCCUUCUGGAGAUGAAUUCUCAUAAAUUCCAGUAUUCCUUUUGUGGUUGUGUAUAAUGUUCUGCUGGUUCUACUCAUUUCACUGUUCAUUACCUCAGAAAGUUCUUUCAGGUUUUUGAAAAGUCAGUUUAUUCAUCAUUUCUUAUGAUGCAUUAGUAUUCCAUCAUAUUCAUGUAUGAUCAUUUGUUUAGCCAUUCCCCAAUUGCGGGUUUCCCGUCAGUUUUCAAUUCUUUUCAUCACCACCAAGAUGGCUGCUAUAAAUGUUUUAGAACAUCUGGAUUCUUUUACUCUUUCCCCAAUCUUCUUGGGAAACAGACCCAGCAAUACAAUAUGUGUACAGAGGUUCAUAAGGCUUGGGUGUGACUCCAAAUUACUCUUUACAAUGAUUGGAAUCAGUCACAGUUCUACCAAUAAUGCUUUAGCAUCCCCAUUUUCCACAUCCCCUCCACUUGUUCAUUUUAGAGAAAGAUUGAACAGUCUGAAGUGAUUACUCAGCUACAAAGAGAAAUGGGGAAGUUAGAAAGAGUUGGGGGGGGUGCAUGCUUACAGGUGACUUUUUGAUGUUAGUUCUCAGAAAACACUGAUUCCAUAGACUGCUAGAAUUUCAGAGACUUGAAAGGGAGUAAAGUUAGGGAGUUCCCCCUGUCUUCUGGCAAAAGGAGGUCAGAUAUCUGGAUAGAAGAAGAACCCCUCCUGUAAUUGUGAUGGAGGCAGAGUUGAAGGGAUCACCUCGCAGCUUUAUACAGGAAAUGAUCAAAGACAGAGGAAUGAAUUGUGAAGACAGGAAAAGGGCAAUGAUUCUGCCUAUACUCGAGAAGUAUAUAUAAAAUAGAGAAUGAAAACGUUCUUUUUUAUUAGCACAUAUAUAAAUAAUCACAAGAGGUUGGGUGGCCAUUGUAUCUGUUCAAGACAUCAAGCGUGAGCACAGGCAAUAAUAUGAAGGGAAAAAUAUGUCAUCAGUGUGGGAGACCUUUAGAGAGGGGAGUAAUUGCAUUGAAUAUGCAAUGGUCAACAAUGAAUUGUACAGUACAGUAGACUUGGGUGAUGUGAUUAGGUGAAAAUUUUCCUUUGUGUGAUAUUUGGGGAAAUAUUGGGGAGUGUCGAAAGGAUAAGGUCCUCUCUUUUCCCAGAGACCACACAAACUCACACACACACUAUAAAACCUUGAGCAGUUUGUACUUUCUAGGCUCCCCUCAAUAUUAGCGCUCCAUGGAUUGGCUAUUAUACCUGUGGCCCCAAAUACUGCUUUCCCCUCCUAUACUGUUAGCAUGUAGGAAAAGUAUUUUAAAUGUAUGAAGAAAUAUUUUAACUCAACUCGCAAUAAUUUCUGAAACAGGAUAAAAAAUUGUUAUGACAGUCAUGAUAAAAUUUUAUACUCCAUUUACUGAACAUUUCCUGACUUACAAUUUUAUCAUUAUUGCAUCAUUUCUGCUUUAAAAAGGGCACGUCAGACUUCCAGGCUAACAUAGCUGCAGUGUGGUAGCAAAAGGCUUCCUCUCUUCACUGUACUAAUUGCCUAAGGCCUUAAUAAAUGAAUAUAUUUUGAGAGGUGUCUAGAGUGUAUGGUUGACAGGCUGGGGGGGGGGUGCAUCAGGACCCCUCUCUAUAUGUUGCUAUUACUAGGACAAAGAGGGGAAUUCUCAGUAAAGAUGGAUUCCCAGAGAAUGGGCUAGUUAUGGUCUCUUGACAGGGGUCAUUGAAAGAGUGCGCAGAUCACCCACUACACUAAAUCCUCAAAAGACAACUUCUAGGAAUGUAAUUGCCAAAUUCAAGAACUUCUAAGCUAAGGAGGAAAGGCAAGAAGCAAGGAGACAAUUCUGAUAUUAAGGAACACAAAUGAGGACUGCACAGGAUCUGGCAGCCUCCACACUAAAGGACUGCAAGGCUUAGAAAAUGAUAUUCAGAAAUACAAGAGAAUUGUGUCUACAACCAAAGAUCACCUACCCAUCAAAACUAACUUUAUAUUCUCAGGGGAAAGUAUGGGCAUUCAACAAAAUAGAAGAUUUUUGUCUACCCUUUGAUCCGGCUAAAGCACUGCUGGGUUUGUACUCCAAAGAGAUAAUAGGGAAAAAGACUUGUACAAGAAUAUUCAUAGCCUCACUCUUUGUGGUGACAAAAAAAUUAGAAAGUGAGGGGAUGCCCUUUGAUUGGAGAAUGGCUGAACAAAUUGUGGUAUCUUUUGUUAAUGGAAUACUAUUGUGCUCAAAGAAAUAAUGAAGUGGAGGAAUUCCAUGUGAACUGGAAAGACCUCCUGGAAUUGAUGCAGAGUGAAAGAAGCAGAACCAGAAGAACAAUAUACACAGAGACUGAUACACUGUGGUACAAUCAAACGUAAUGGACUUCUCUACUGGCAGCAAUGCAAUGAGCCAGGACAGUUUUGAAGGACUUGUGAGAAAGAAUGCUAUCCACAUUCAGAGGAAGAACUGUAGGGGAGUAGAGAGAGAAAACAUGAUUUUUUUAAUCAAUAAACUACAAUUUAUAAAAAUACAAGUCUCCCACUUCAAAAAAGAAUCCCCCAAAUCAAAUGAAAUGAUAAGCAGUUUGAACACCAGAAAGGAUCUGCUGGAAGCCAUGAAAAGCAGGAUAGAUCAAACUGAAAGGGAAAAUCAAAAGAUCAUAGUGAAAAACCAGUCUUUAAAAACUCGGAUUCAGCAAAUAGAACUUCGUGAUCUCAUAAGACAGCAAGAAUUAAUAAAAGCAAAGUCAAAAGGCUGUAACAAAUGUGAAGGAAGCAUAAAUAUCUCAUUGAGAAGAUGACAGAUUUGGAAAUCAGGUCAAGGAGAGAAAAUUUGAGAAUCAUAGGCCUACUGGAAAACAUGGAAACAGAAACCUUGAUAUCAUAUUACAAGAAAUUAUCCAAGAAAACUGCCCUGAUAUUCAAUAAGAGGACAAAAUAGACAUUGAAAGAGUCCACAGAUCACCCACUACACUAAAUUCUCAAAGGCCAACCCCCAGGAAUAUAAUUGCCAAAUUCAAGAGCUUCCAAGCUAAGCAGAAAAUAUUGCAAGAAACCAGAAGGAGACAAUUCAGAUAUCAAGGAACACAAAUCAGGAUUGCACUGGAUCUGACAGCUUCCACCCUAAAGGUCUGCAAGGAUUCAGUAAUACAAGAGAAUUGAAUCUACAACCAAAGAUCACCCACCUACCCAUCAAAAUUGAUUAUAUACUUCUAGGGAAAGCAUGGACAUUUAACAAAAUCAAAGAUUUCCAAGUAUUUUUAAAGAAAAGAAGAGAACUAAAUGGAAAUUUUAAUGCCAUAAUACAAAAUUCAAGAGAAAUGUGAAAAAGUAAACAAGAAAGGGAGGGGGAUUUAAGGGCUUUAAAACAAAGGUCAAAUUAUAUAUAUUCCUACAUGAAAAAUAUUUAUAACUCCCAAAAAUGUUGUUGGAAGAAUUAUUCAUAGGCAAUGGUGGGGGUAAUAAGUGAUUCAAGAUGAUGUGUAAAAAAUGAAAGGAGGGAAAUAGUAUAUGGCACCUAGAAAAAUGUGAAGGAAUAAGGAAAAUAGGAUAAAUUAUACUGCA